GCAUUUCCAAAGAAAUUUUAUUUAUUAUGACUCCAUUAGUGCUCUAAAAGCUGUAGGAAUAUUCUCUGACACCGAGAAUCUGGUUGUAGUUGAAAUUCUAAAGUUGAAUAAAAACUUAAGUAGCCAUGGAUACCAAAUGUUUUAUUGCUGGGUUCCAGGACAUACAGGAAUAAAAGGUAACAAGGUGUCAGAUAUCACAGCCAAAACUGCUGUUGAGGUGUCCAGUCAAGUUGUUCCUUUCAGAGAUAUCACUAAGGUCAUCAAGCAGGAAGUCAAAUUAGUGAAAGCUGGAUUCAUGUUACAGUAUUUCCUUGCAGUUUUUGCCGAGCAAUAUAAUCCAGAAGAUGAUGAAGAUGACGAUGUUGAAAGAAUAAUUUAUCCAAAGUCAGACGAACAAAGGCAGCGUCUUGGCGAAGCUGUUAGAAACAUAUUGCUCUUCAGAUCUUUAGAUUUACAACAAAUGCAAGAAGUUCUAGAUGCUAUGUUUGAAAGAAAGGUAAAACCAGGUGACAUUGUCAUUAAACAAGGAGAUGAUGGGGACAACUUUUAUGUAAUUGACAGUGGUGUUUAUCAUAUAUAUGUUGAUACUGAUCAAGAAAAGAAUAAGUUAGUUGGAAAGUAUGAUAAUGCUGGUAGCUUUGGGGAACUUGCCCUCAUGUACAACAUGCCACGUGCUGCUACAAUUGAAGCUGUUACUGAGGGCUCUUUAUGGGCUAUGAACCGCCAAACAUUUAGAAGAAUUGUUUUAAAGAGUGCUUUCAAAAAGAGGAAAGAAUAUGAAAAUCUAUUAAAUGGAGUUCCUAUGCUACAAACUUUAGAGAAUUAUGAGCGAAUGAAUUUGUGUGAUGCUCUUAUGCCAAAAUCUUAUUCUGAUGGAGAACUAAUAAUUAAACAGGGUGAUGAAGCUGAUGGCAUGUAUUUCAUUGAGGAUGGAAGUGUAAAGAUUACUAUGAUUAAAGAAACUGAUGAUAAUAAAGAAGUUGAAAUGGAAGUGACAACUUUAACAAAAGGUCAAUAUUUUGGAGAAUUAGCACUGGUUACUCAAAAACCUCGUGCAGCAUCAGCCUAUGCAGUUGGGAAUGUAAAGUUGGCUUUUCUUGAUGUUGCUGCUUUUGAACGCUUAUUAGGACCCUGCAUGGCUAUAAUGAGUCGUAAUGUUGAUCAUUAUCGACAACAAGUUGUUGAGUUAUUUGGCUCAGAAGCAAAUAUUAGUGAUUUACGAUGAUCUAACUAUCCACUUGUUCUCAUCUAUAAGCAUUUGAUUGGACAUAUUACUGUGCUUCAAAUCAUAUCUGAGGUCAAUUUAUGUACCUCCCAAAUAUGUCACAUUUAUGUUAAUCUAGUCUGAUUUCUCUGUAACAAUAUAGAACAGUAAUAUUGUAUGUUGAUGAUGAAGUUAUGUAGUUUAUUUAUACAUUCUAGAAUUUCUUUCUAGUCUGUUUACACUAUAAUCAGGAAAAUUUAGUUCUUUAUAAAAGAUAUAUAGUAGCAUUUUCACAUGUAUUAAAAAGAUGUGUAUAUAUGAAUCGUGUAAUAAACUGUUCUUACAUUAAUUGUAACAAAUGUAUCUGACAGUAUAAUGUAAAAGUUUUGUGUAUUGAUUGUAACCCGAGUGCAAUAUCAGUUCUAAACUAAAAUGAGAAAAUAAUACUUGUAUCCACAGUCAUAUUUUAAGGGAGUUGAAGCUGUUUUUAUAUUGCAAAUGUAUGUAAUAAUAAUUUUUAGAUUCAAAAAAUUGUCUUUACCUACAUUAUUGUUAUUCAGUGAGUAAUGUAAUAUGGUUUACACAUAGCUGUGUUUUGAUUUAUUACAGGUAUUUUUAUUCUAGGAUGAUGAAUUCAUAUGUGAUGGAUGCCCUUGAUUUUCAUUAUUUUAAAUGAGAAAUUCAUAGUGAAUUUGAUAAAGUAGCUUUAAGUUAUUGUGAUUUUGUAAAACUCAUAGUUAUUAAAUGUAUAUACAUAGUGUUUUGUUAUUUCUUGAAAUUAAAAACGUAUGAACUGAAUCUUAAUAGUGUUUUAUUUUAAUAUACAAAAUAUUACUGUAACAUUUUACUUUGCUUUGUGCAAGAAUGGAUUUUUUUAAAUUUUAUUUUUCUGGCAUAGUUGUCUUCCAUAUCAUUAAAUUGAAGAGCUAUUUGGCUACUGUAAAUAUUUUUAUAAAGAUCCUGAUUUAGAGUUUCUUUCUUAACUUAAUCAUUAUAAUUAUUAUUUGUUACUUGUUCUCUUGUAUGUUUUGUUCUCAUAAUUCCUCAUUGCCUUCAGUGCUGUAUUAUGAAGGCAACGUAAUGUAUGAUUGCUUUUUUACUGUCCAUAGUUCAUUACAAUAAAUAAAAAGUGCUAAGUCUGCUCUUACAAAGCAUGGUAUGCUCAAAUAUCUGAGUUUACGUUCAGAUUUAGAUACUAAUUUUAAAAUCCUGCUUUUCAUAACAAAUGCUGAAUUCAGUUUUUUUUUUUUUUUUUUUUUUUUUUGUUGUUGUCUUUCAGAAGUGUGCACGUUUAGUAUACGGGAAACAAUAUUCAAAAGUGAUUUUACCUAAUGUGAUUAUUUGUAUUGCAUUUUCAUAGUUGGAGUAGAAAUUAAAGUUGCACGAUCUUAAUAUGCUAGUGUUUAUAGGUAGUCUAUUUCCAGUUUAAUUACAUACAUGCUGUUUUGAUUUCAUAUUAUCAGUCUUCUGCAUUAUUUAGUUUUGUGGUAACAUCUGCAUUUUGUUAAAAUUAUGUUGCUGAAUCGGCAUGAGGUCAUAAAUUUCCGUUAUCUUUUAAAGGAGGUGAGCAUUUAGACUGUUAAUGUUUCCUAGGUGCAAAUAAACUUUUGUUUUAUUGAGUGUUAAAUGGAUUGUGUUUUUAUUUCUUAAUUUUUUUUAAUAACAGGAAUGUAGUUGAGUGCAGUAACUGUACUCGUAUAGGAUUUCAAAAGUUUUAUUUUUUGCCCCUCUUUUUAUUUUAUUUGUAUUCUGUAGCUUACAGAAAUUCUAUGUGUUAAUUUUUAGGGAAUAGCUAUUUCUUUUCUGAGUGGAAAUUUGCAUACCAUUUGUUUUUAUUAGAUAUUGCUUUGAAUUUUAAUCUUUAAUCAUUUUCUGUUGUUCAUUAAUGAUUGUUAUUCAUAUCCAUGUGUAUAUUUGUUCAUUUAUAUAUCAUAUAUAUAAUAUGUAACUAUAGUACUCUUCUUCUGUAAAAUAUAACGUUAUAGUUUCUCUAAUGAUUUCUGUAAUUAAUAUUUAUUUCUUUGGAAAACUGCCUUUAUGCUUGAAAUGCGUCCUUAAAUGUGAAAGGGUAACUUUCUUAAAAAGCAAGAAAAGGUGAAGAAAAUUAGUUUGUAUUUCUUUGAAGAGUAUUUUUAAAGCAUGUUAAAGAAAAUAACCAUUUAUAUCACAGAGUAAGAAUAUCUAUUUAAUAUUUUUAUGAAAUGUUGUAUUUAUAGAAAUGCACUGAAAAUCAAAACGUUUCAGCUCUUCAACUGUAAAGAUUUUUACAUAAAUUUAUUUUAUAGUUUACGUAAGUUAAAUUGUUGCUGGUUAUUAUUUAAAAAAUUUUCUGCAUCAUAUCUAGAUACAUAAAUCUUUAGAAAUUUCCUCAUGAUUCUUAACAAAAAUUAAACAUUGUUUUCUUGUUUAUUUGAUAUUUUAUGUUCCGCAGAAGUAAAAUGUGUUUAGAAAGUUUUUGCAGUGUUGUUUGUGUGCGAGUGAUAUAACAAACUAGAAACAGGUGAUAAAUUAAUAAUGACUCAAAAAUAUUUUUCAUGGACUAUCGUAAAUAGUGUAAGCAAAAUUCUGCGCUUUAAGAGAAUUAAUGUUUUAUACUUCAUCUGUACCCAGUCCCAUCAACAGUCAGACUAGGAGGCUUGAAUAUACUAUUUUUUUUUAAUUUCAUUUGUAUAUAUAUAGUAAUAAAUUUUGAUUCUAAAAGUCAAAUAUUAAAGCAAACAAGUUGGGUUGCAAUUUUGUAAGUUUAAUAAAAAAUGUACAUUGCCUCUUUAUUAAACAUGGAAUGCGUCUAUAACUUUAUGGUAUGCUAAUGUGUGUAAUAAUCUGUGUGUGUUUUUCUUUGUAACUUUUCUUUUGGUAAGGAUUAUAAACUAAUGCAAUUAAAAUAUACCUUAUAUGCUGGAAAAUUAAAACCAGAUUGUGUUACAAAAUUUAAAUGAGAAUACUAAAUGUUAUAAAAGAAUUACUGUUUUAGCGUCCUGAAAUUCUUAAUUUUCUUUUAGUAAUAUUAUAUUACUUUGAUAUUGCAAUUUGACAAGUUAAUUUUAAAUAACCAGCAAAACAUUAAAAUGCUAAUAGAAGUAUCUUGCUGAAAGUAUUGGAACAGUUGAUAAAGUUAAGCCAUUUAGUGACACUUGAACAUUUAAUGGACCUAACUAGAAUGAUGGUCAACCUUUUGCUGUUUUCUCAGUCUUUACUUGUUGUGGAAGACAUUAUACAAGUUUCUAAAAGAUUAUACCUGGGCUAUUCAGGUUCUAUGCCCAUCUCAUUCAACCAUUCAGCUACCUUGAUUUAUAAAGGUUUAUCUCUGCAAUUUUCUGAAUUUAGCUGGAAUUUUGCACUGUGUCUGCUUUAAAGCAGCUGAUUUGAGUGAAGACAGGUUUGUAGUUGCUAUUGUAAUGCAUGUUCUGUGAGAUUCAGUUUCAAACUUUGUGUAAAUUUGCAAAGUUUUUUUCCAUAUCCCUUAGCAAACUGCAUAAUUACGAGCAUUAAUUUUUCAAUGGGAGCACUGAUAUAUUAAUAAGCAUGUGGAGCCAUGCUGAACAGAUCUCACAACAUAGCAUAGAAUUAUCAGGAAUGGCCAGGUAAACAUGGAAUCUUUAAUCUGUUGACAAAAGUCAAGAGAACUAUCCAUUCAAAAAAAAAAAAAAAAAAAUAGAGCCACAAAAUAAACAGUUUCAUAGUCUG